UUCGUAAAAUUCAGCGAAAAUAAUUAUUCCACAUUGCACAAGAGAUGGAAAACGUCAGCAAAAAGGUAAAGACAAUUUUUUGAGUUAGAUUUAUACAACUGCUAUUUAUACAUAAGAAUUACUUAUCCACUUCCGUGAGUCCACCCUAAUAAAUAAUCUUUACUAAUUCACAAACAUUUAACAAGUACGCUUUUUGUUACUUUAAGAAUUGGUAUGCCUGUUGCCUGUUUUAGUUACAUUAAUUUAACUAAUUAUUUUUUACAGAGAUUUUCAUUCAAGUCUAAUGCAAAAUAUGACAUCGCACUGCUUACAGAAGUUGAAGCAAUCAACCCCUUUGCAUUUAAUGUGCAAAAAGUGCCCUGCGAAGAAGUCGCUGAUAACCUGGUGAAAUCUGAUUUAAAGAUGGCAGUGAAUGAAAGGAGUUGCCGAGAGAGAACAAAUCUUCUACUAAGGGAUUUCAAGAAAGAUGAAGCCAUAAGUGCUCGAAGUAGUGGAAUUUCGGAAGAUGACCUGGAUGAGCUGAGGCGCCUGUUGACCAGUGUUCUUAAAUUAAGCGAGAUACCCCCAGCAGUCAAGGUUCAGAGAUUGUAUUCCAAAACUAAUAGCGGAAACGGAAAGAGAAGCAGCUGUGAUGGAAAUUGAUCUGGAUGAAUCUAGUAAUGACUACCAUCCUGAGGAGAAAGAAGAGGAGAAAACUGAGAAGAAAGAAGAGGAGAAAACUGAGAAAAAAGAAGGCUCGGUGGGAUCUGUGAAGGAUAAGAUAGUCUCCCCUGUGCAGACGAAGCGAUCGCGAAAGGGGGAUAUCGUGAGUUAUCUCGAAAAGAAAAAUAAGAUGGAACUGGAUCUCAAAACGGAAGAAGUUAGUGUUCGAAAAUACGAGGCGGAAACAAGGAGAAUGGAAAUGGAAAUCAUGAAGCAACAAAAUGAGCGAGAUUAUCAAUUAAAGCUUCAAGAAUUGGAAUUAAGGAAGAAAAUUGAAGGUGCUCAGGCUGAAGAGAAACUUGCUAUGACCAAAGCUAUGUUGGAAUUACUGCAAAGGAAGUGAAUUUGUGUUCAAACGAUUUAUUAGAUAUGAUACAAAGAAUACAUAUGAAUCAAUUUUAUUAAUUAAUUAACUACUCAAUUAACUAGUUAAUUUUAAAAUAAUGCUUAUGUAUUAAAACUUCCUAAUGGAACAAUUGCGUAGAAAACUUAAUUAAUUAUCCCACUUGCAAAUUACACAUUUAAAUAAUUUUCUAGAGUAGGUGCAUCAACGGCAAAGUAACUCGAUGUUUGACUUCCGUAUAAACAUGUGUGGCAGUUUGUAAAUAUUGUACCAACGGCGUAAUAGUCAGAUACAGGAUGGAGCAUCAGUUUUAAAUUUUUCUUGUAAUCCAGAAA